AUGACGGCCGCGGAUGCGACGACGUCGUCUUCACCGUCGAUGACUGCAACGAUCCCGUCGAACCUCCCUCUCAUCGCUGCGUUCCUCGCCUGCGCUCUCGCUCAGUUCCUCAAGCUCUUCACCUCCUGGUACAAAGAAAGGAGAUGGGAUUCGAAGCGAAUGCUCGAUUCCGGCGGAAUGCCGUCGUCGCAUUCGGCCACAGUGACGGCUCUGGCGGUCGCCAUUGGCCUUCAAGAUGGCGUCGGAGGACCCGCUUUCGCCAUUGCUCUGGUCUUAGCAUGCAUUGUGAUGUAUGAUGCCUCCGGAGUGAGACUUCAUGCUGGUCGGCAAGCCGAGUUGCUGAACCAAAUUGUGUACGAGCUUCCUCCGGAGCAUCCUUUGUCCAGUGUUAGACCUCUGCGCGAUUCACUUGGACAUACUCCCUUGCAGCUCAUUGUGGUUGCCGUGAAGCAGGGCAAUUAG